AUGACGGGGGAUCCGGUGAGUUCCGAAAUCUGCGAAGGGAAAAUUAACAACAAAAAAGCGUACCUAUGCGACCAAAAGUCUUUGAAAAGUGGCUGUGAUUACGCAAAACUCUCAUACCUAUUCGACAACUGGUCUACCGUAAUCUUCUCCGUAUGUAUGUCUCUAUGGGCUACGUUAUUCCUGGAAGGAUGGAAACGCUACCACUCAGCGGUUGCCCACCGAUGGGGUUUGAUGGAUUUCGUGUGUGAAGAGAAAACAAUCCGCCCUGAUUUCCUCUAUCGUAUCAAGACCCGACGGUACAAUCCUAUAACCCAAAAAGAGGAGCCGUACCUGUCGGUGAAGAAAAAGACUGUCAAUAUAUUGGCCAGUGGGGCUACUGUAUUGUUUUUUAUCUUCCUCGUCGUCGCCUUUGUCUUUGGAAUGAUUGUCUACCGCGUGCUUGUCAGAGGGCUAUUAAUGUCGGCCGGCGACAGUCAAUACGGUUUUGUGCUCGUCUCCGUCACGGCCGCCACCAUCAACAUGGUCGUCAUCGUCUUGAUGAGCUCCCUCUACAACAAGCUCGCCCACCGUCUUACGGUCUGGGAAUGCCCACGAACACAACACGAUUUCGAUAAUCAAUACACUUUUAAGGUCUUCCUCUUCCAAUUCGUCAACUACUACUCGUCGCUAUUCUACAUUGCAUUUUUCAAGCAUUUUAAAGAAUUCUUUCAGCUAUUUUUUGUAGAUUUGAGCCUCGACCUGACGCGAAAAGCGGAU